AUGGCGUCAGUUGCUGUGCAUCCAAAACUUCUCCCACAUGUCUCAGCGGAGCUAACGGGGAGUUUCCUGCAUCCACGCGGCGACAUCUGCACGAGCGCAACUGUCACAGUUGAGUUUGAUCACAUACACGCAACGAACGUUGUGAAUGGCGAAGCAGCAGCAGCAGUAGCAGAAGUGGGAAUAGUGCAUGAUGACAAGAACCGUGAUCCCGCGCUGCUGCUGACAUUGUCCCCUCUGCAUAUGAUUCGAGAGGUCCGCGUGCUGCUGGCGAAGGCGGACGGGGAGACAAUUAACAAUGCGGGUGAAUGGUGUCAAUUGCAACUCAACAGCACGACGCUCUGUGAAACGAGACGGCACAUCGUGCGCAUCGACAAUCAGGCCGUCUUAUCAUCACCACCAUCAUCAUCACCAUCGCCUUCAUCAUCAAUGGCCCUAGAUGUGCAGCACGUUGCCCCAUUUGGCACAGUUGAUAUGAAGAAGUUAGAAGAAUGUGUUAAGCAAGAGGCGGAAAAGGAAGAGGGAGAGGAGCUUAAUGAUGCUGAAUGCGAAGACGAUGUUCUUGAGCUGGUGCUCGGGCCAAGUGCUGACUACGACGACAACGAGGAGCUCGGCGCCCCUUUAGGAGCGACAGCAGAUCCGCCUGAUCCAGCUGAGGUAAGGGGAGAGGAAGGGGACGAAGGGGAGGGCGAAGACUACGAUGACGAUGGAUACAAUGACGGCGAAGGCAAGCAGUUCAUGCUUACACUAAUACCGUCUGCCGCUGAGGGAGAGAGAGAAUCAGAGGACGGAUGUGUGUUGCUUAUAAUGCGUUGCUGCAUCGACGUGGUGUUGCUCCCUCUAUCGGAGCUGGCCGACAUCUCUUACCCGUGUAUGACGAUGGCAUCUGAGAUGGGGCGGCACAACGCAUCCCAGGAGGUGUGCGUUCCCGGCGACGACAGCUAUGUGCUUCUCGCAGGACAGGGGUUCUACAAUUACUUCAUUUGCCCGCGAGUGGCGUACGCUGAGAGUGCUGCAGAUGCUAUAUGUUUCACGGCACUAGAUGUGCAGGUGACGGCGGUGUGUGCUGCCUCGGCUGAUACCGCAACCGAGUGGGAGGUGCUGCCACUCAACGCGCUGCCGACACGGCCGGAGGAUCUGCUCUGCGCAUUUGUGCGUCCGCGGCGAGGUGAUACGGAGUCACUUGGUAUGGAAAUGCAUGCAGGGGUACAGUGGCGUGUGGAACACCACCCCGCAUAUACGCACUUGUUCACUGACGGCUGUGAGGAAAGUAGUGGCGUGACGAAUCUCUACUUCUUCCACUGCGAUCACACUCUGUGUGGUUGCCUUCUCCCACUGACGCGUGCGGCACACUCCGCAUGGGAGGGGGCUUCCACCACCACUGCGGAAGGAGGUGUGUGUAGCAAGGUGGCGAAAUGCACCGGCGAGACGACGUGGGUAGUGUCUAACUGCAGCAGCACACUGCUGAGUCUUCGCCGAGGUGCCCUGUGCAUGCGCGGAGCGGUGCUUCUGGCGGCGACUGUGCUGCGGACGAUUCGGACACAGACUUCUACACCAGUGAUCUUUCGCGCCGAUGCCUUGCGUGCCAAGGCGACAGUAUUGAGUGCAGCCUUGGAGAUGAAGUGGCGUGUGGCCGCUGACCGUGGUUUGGCGCCGGAUUUCGAUACAGCUCCCUCAAGCUCCGCCCUUGCGCGCGCAUGGGGUCUCUGCCUGCUGUGCGACGAGUUGGGUUGGACAGAGCUGCUGCGCCAGGAGCGCCAACUCGCAUCGUGGAGCCCGCCGUCGUCUGCGACUACAGACCCGUGGUGUCUGGCGCAGCGGUAUGUCCAGGAGGUGCACGAGACCCUUGUGUUUUUAUCGUCCGCCUUCGCGGUAGCGUCUCUGCGUCGGCAGUGCUGCUUUCCAUGGCAGCUCCUAAAAAAAGAGCCUCAUGAGACCUCUUCGGUUUCCUUGGGUGAAACUAUUGUGUCAGUCUCUAGUGGAAUGCAUCUGGACCUUGUGCGUUUAUUCCUACUGCGGCGGAGACGGUGGCGGCAGCAGCAGCAGCAACAACAAGAACAACUUGAUGUUGCCUUCCCACCCAUGCUAUUCAUCGGUUCUCUCUUUUACGAAGAGAAACAACAGGACACGGCACGCCGCGAAAUUCUUCUUCACUUGAGGCCUCCCAAAACUGAGGCGACGCGACGUUUGUUGGGCAACAGUCGUCAAGUUUCAGAGCGUGUGUGGGACAUUUACGUGCCCUUCACGAUGGUGUGCUUUGCUGUAGAAGGAGCGGGCACGACUCCAGCGGCAGUUGUGGCGGUGCGAGGGGAACAGCAAAGGCUACCCCAGUGCCGCGUCACACAUGUCUUGCCGUGCUCCUGGCGAGUGUCAGGAAUUGCAUGGGCGAGGGGAGUGGAGCAGCGCACAUCCUUCUCUUUUUUGGGGGCUGCGCAGGACUAUAAUGAAGGAGAAGGGAACUCUAAAAUGAAGAAUGCGGACGGAUAUGCUGCUGCUGCUGCUGGUGAUGAUGAAGGGGAUGGAAAUGAGACCAUGAGGAAGAAUAAGGGGAUCAGUGUUCAGAUGCAAUUGUUGGUGUUGAACCCAAAGGUUGUUCCCGCUGCUCUUUCGUUGUGGGUGCUCCACACUGAAUUUUGGGCGAAAAUGCUGCCACCGUCGGAGUACCUUGCGCGGCGAGCCGUUCUGCGCCACAUCAUGGAUCACGCCGUGCAGGAGGGCGAGGAGCACGUCGCAGAGGCCGAACUUCUUUUCACGCCGCUGCUGAAUCAGCUGCUGGAGAGUCUUCUUGACGCAUCCAGCCAGCCGUCAUCCAGCGCGGCAGAGGCGCCACCCCUGACGGUCUUCCUCUCUGAGCUGCAGAGUGUUGGCGUUGGCGCAGCGGCCGUGUGGCGGCGAAUCCACCCCGACGCCCAUGCACGUUUCGCACGCCUCGCGGCAAAACUCCCACAGUGUGUCUCACUUGCGGCUUCUGUGACGUUGCAGCGGCAGGACGGUGAUAAUAAGGACGGGGUGUGCCGAAUGAAUAUCGACGCGACAGGAGCAACCGUGAAGAUGCAGCAGCACCUCCGCGUUCUCGAGACGUAUCAUGCUUCCCUGCCGCGUGUUGAGCCACGGCGCCGGCAGCAUCAGCAGUCACGAUUGGUGCUGAGUUUAAGAAGGGGUCGAGUAGGCAGUCAGGCGAUGGAGAAGGGGAAGGAGAAGGAUAAGAAUGCGCCACUCACGCCUGCUGAUGUGGCAUCGAUGGUCAGCCGUGCUAUUACCGGAAGCACAGAAUCUCAGAAGGAUGAGGUAGCGGCGGCCACUGCCAGGACGGCGGCACUGUCGUUGGCGCUGCCGUUGUGGCCACUCCUGCACACCUGCCCUGGGCUUCCGGAAGGAAGAAGGAAAAGGACACUGGAGGCGGCCCAAGACAUUUAUGAGUCGCUUCGAGGCGAUGUUGGUCAUGUUGGUGGUAAAGCCGACACCCUUCUGGUGAAGUCAUACGAGUGUUUCAACGCGGGGCGUUGA